GGAUUGUGGGAAAUGGGCUACGGGUCGUUCUCCGACUAUUCGGGCACUCGUACGAACGUAUAGAUCGCGUACGCGCGAGGUGUGCGUGUAAAGCAGUUGCGGGAUUACGUGUAGAAAAUAUUGGGCCGAGAUAUCGAUAUCGACACCGAUGUACGCGAACGCGCGAGCAUCGCCGGCAAAGCUGUUGGAGACAACUCGCGUCAGGCGUAACCGACUCGCGGUCGCUGCACGACGACGGACCGAGUCUCUCGAUCCGUUGAAAUGUACGCUCCGUAUCGGAGCCCCGGGUGGACUCGGGGAUCAUUCCGGGACCUCCGCCGGUCGGCCUACGACGGAUAAUAAUUUUCGAUCGUUCGUCGAAAUCGUUGCGUUCUUACGCGGAUCGGCGGGGGAGAACCCCGUGCGGGGGCUGUACCUCGCGGAUCGCUCGACUUUGAGAUUAAUUUUGGUUCGCUCCGCCGUCUCCAUGGACACAGUGACAUUGAUCUGCGGCUCGCCGGCUUCUGGUUGGUUAGGAUAGGUUUCCACGGACAGGUAUGCUACGCGAACAAUCGAUACGACCGAAUGCCAACCUUCCCACCCGCCGCCCUCGCCCGCUUCCCGCGGCCCCGCCGAGGGAGAAUAGGCCUUUUUUAUUCCGCUGGGCGAAAAAUGGAAAAAAUCGAUCGUCGACUCGCGAUUCUCGCUCCACGUGGAAUCGAACGAAUCGAAAGACAAAAGAUUUGACCGCCGCGGGACACACGAUCGGGCCAAUUUCAUACCGUUAUCUCGAGAUGCGGCGAUAAAAAAUUCCAGUACGUUUGUUCGGAAAAUUCUUUGUCUCCGUUCGAAAUUAUGUUCUCCCGAAUUUCUAAACUCGCGCAAUAGGAAGGACGAUCAACGAGGGACCGAAUCAAUCGCGAUGCACGUCCUGAAAAAUAACGCGCUUCAGAAUUUGGCGCGUGUUCUGACGGGCGCAUAUCAGAUCGGGCGCUCCGUGAUCAAGUCAGCCGCAUCGUUCGAUUGCUCGAUCUCUUCUCUUCGGCGGACCGAACACUCGGGGAUGAAUUACAUCGGUAAGGGUUCGUCUUCCCUCUACGCGACACCGCGGACGUCAAAGUUCGAAGUCAGCCGGAACGACGAUCUACGUUUCCGUCACCUACCGGAAACGUCAAAAUCCAAGAGCGAAUUUCUCGACUCCCUGGUGAAUUAUUUCCCGCAUCUUCCACGUACAACAGAUCCUGGAAAAAUCGGUAUUCCCGCGGGCGAAUUUUCAUCGGGGUUGCGAUUCGACGAAAAUCCGGAGCAUCGUUACGUACCGUUCGCUAUCAGUUUCGGUUGCCAAAAGAAGCCCAGAUGUCCGGGACCAAAGUCGAAAUCUCCUCCGUCCUGCCCGAGCCCGAUCGGUUGUCCACCUCCGCCAACGUCGCCACCUCCACCUUAUUGUCCCCCUCCGAAACCAACCAGCCCCACGAAACCAACCGGUCCUCCGAAACCGAACUGCCCACCCGCGUCCAAAACGCCGAAAAAAUCCAUCCGAGGGAGGGCGGAGCUACGAGAAAUCGAAAUCCCGAAGGAAUUAUCGCUCGACGACUUUUCGGAAUCGCAGCUGAAUAAAAAAGCGGCGACCGGGGGGAAGGAGGACGAGAAGACGACGGGGGGGGACGUCCGUGCCUCUAGGUCGAGAAGGACGACGAACAAACCGAAAGGAAAUUCGCACGGCCGUAUCAAACCGAGAAAAAAGGAUCGUCGACGAAAAAACGAAGCACAUCGCGCCAGCGGCAACAGAGAGGCCGAAGUUGGUAAUAAGCGGAAAAAUAAUGACUGCAAAAAACAACCCUAGUAGUGACAUUAUACGGCAAUAACGGCGACUGCGUUGUGCGUAGCGAGCAAUUCAUUACACGGAGUGUCCGCGAUCGUAGGACUACUCCGGGAAUGUUACGAAUAUUUGUUACGAAUGUGUGCGACGUCGCGAUGCCCAGCUGUGCGCAUAACGGGGAAAUCGGUGAAUCGAAAUCGUCGAUGCGGAGGUCGGUAUCUCGUACGCCCUUAAACACCGCCGGGAGGUGACCCGGACAUUAUUGGCGCGGGGUGGAGGGUUCGCGCAAACCCAUGUUCGCGUCGGGCCGCUUCGGCAUGAAUGAGCCCUGGAGUGGAGCAAUUACCGAGUAUUCAAACGCCGUGCGAGCUCCGUAUACCUGGCGCCUCUCACCUGUGGGAACGCGAUAUACACCGGGAGCAUUUCACCGCCGGCUUUUCGCAUUGUUACGCAACGACGUCCAGAUCCCCAGGGAUAAAGAAAUCAAUGUCACUCCACUCCGCUCCACUUCGCUCCACUCUACCGUCGCAAUUCUUCACCCGCCCAUUCCUGGCCAUUGUUACGUUUCCUCGAUGCCUAAUGCCUACCGUAAUACACUCGCCGCGGCGUUGUAACUGCUGCACCAGAACUU